CACAAACACACACAAAUACACACACAUACACACACACACACACACACACACACACACACACACACACAGUGACAUACACACAAACACACACAAAUACACACACAUACACACACACACACACACACACACACACACACACACACACACACACACACACACACACACACACAAAACACUGGCACUACAAGGGCAUACACAUCUAUAUACAUCCGAAUGUGUAGGAACUCUGCAUUGCUUGUGAGAGUGGGUCAAGUGUCCGACUCCGAUUUGUUUUUCGGCGCCAUUUGGCAGGCCGUUUUGGCAAGCGCUCACGUUCGUUUGCCAGCAGUCAACUUCCUCGUCAGUCAAGUUAACAAACAGUUACCAGCAAGCAAACAACGACAUAUAAUAGGAGAUGACAUUGACAGAAUGGUUGCUGCAGUAUCGGUCGCGUUUCAUGACGAGAACGUGCUCGUGUUGCGAUCUCUUCUCGAUCUCGUUCUGAUUCUCUUUCCGUUCGAUCAGCAGUUUCUCACCGAGUCGAACACGAUCGACGUCUUUACCUCUGCUCUGAAUGUUCUAAUACGUCGCGACAUGUCUCUCAAUCGAAGGUUUUACACGUGGACUCUGGGCAGCAACAGCAGCAGUGAUUCGUCAGACGAUGUCACAUUUGAAAACACGUACUUUGAAUCGUACACAAAGCGACUGCUAAUCCAAGCCGUUUACAAUCUCCUCAAGCAAACGAAUCCAGUGAACACGAAAGAAAGCAAUCGUAACAUGAGACACAAUCUAAAACCGUUUCGCAUUGUCACAGCUUUGCUCGAACGACAAGAACUCAGUAGUUUGUUUGUCGACGAAAUCUUGAUGAAGGUGCUGCAGUCGUUGCAGGUUUGCUAUCAUUACUGGUCGGUGCAUGAGACGGGCAUUGGCAUGAAGAGUCCACGGACAUUGAAACGGAAAGUUGGUGGAGACGAAAAGGGUCGAAAGGGAGACGACGUGAUGAAGACAGUGAAUCUGAUUUGUGGAGAAUUCGAGUCGGGAUUUAUUUGGUGGUUUAUGGCUGAGCAGAUGGAAAGAGUGGCACGACAUCUGAGCGACAAUGGAGAGGAGUGUGGUCUGUCGAUUAGUGAGCUGGCGUCUCUUGUGCAGUUUCUGUUAGACUCGUUGUUUGUGAGAUCAAAUGAUGACAUCUCAACCGUUCACGUACCCACUCUUCUUACUCACUGCCUCAUCUCUCUUUGCCUUUGCUGUACAUCAUCUAGUCUGCAAGAUCUGACAGUCGGAUUCCAACUGUGCUCACGUCUACUCUCAUGCUGUGAACCAUCAGCCAAGCUAACAAAUGCACCACCUGUUCUGUUGGAGAAGCUAAAGGCCGUGUGUGGCAGCCAGUUGCAACAACUUGCUGAUUGUGAUUUGACUAGUUGCUGUAUUGAAGUUGCGAAGAUAUGUCUUGUGAGGUUCAUUGAGAGUCAUUUAGAUUUGGGUGGUUUGCUGUCUGGGACAGGCAAGCCGGUUGAUGAGCAGGAGCUGGUUGCUGCAUUUGAGGCUCUUUGCCGGCUACUUAUUGACGUCAGUAGCUUUCCAGUACUCAGUGAAGGCAACCGGAUUCCAGAGAACUCUACAACCGCUUGCUUUACAUCAGAAAGACAAUGGCUACAAUCACUACUUCAGUGCAUCACAUCAAACACGAGUUUUCCAGUAUUCGCUUCCGCUACUACGAUGUUACUCGAUUUAGCUGCAGUCGGCAUCAGCUACAAUGUAAGCCAAGAGGAAAGCUACGCAAGCUCCGUCAUCAUCAAGCCUCUCAUCACGGCCGACGAUUUCCACAAGAUCAAGAACUCGGGAUUACUACAGACGGUUGUCGAGAGAUUGUGGCAUGUGCUUGAGUCGGAUAAUGUCAAGUGGAUUGAAUUGGCGGCGACGGUGGUGGCACAACUUAGUGCUUUGAGGCCUUGUGUUGAUAUGUUAGAGAGUACGAUCAAUGACAGACUCACAUCUGAUAGUCUGCUUGAACGACGAUCAGCUCUACAGACAUUUUCUCGUCUGUGGGAAUUAACCGAACACGGCAACGUGAACGCUCUCACCCCUUCCUUUGAAAGACCUCUCUUUGUGAUGAUCGAGAGUUUGCACAGUUCGGAUCCAUUCAGCCAACAGAUUACCGUCUCGUGGCUGUCAAAACUCCUUCAGUUGGGAGACGUCAACCGGCUGCUCACGCCACUCCUCCACGUUCUCCUCCACCCGUCGACUCUUCGCUCAUGUGUGACAUUGGGUGCAAAGUCAGGCCACUGGAUGACGACAAAACUCUUGCUGUAUGCUCAAUCGUACGACACUCACAGAUGUCGUCAUGCACUGGAAUGUCUCCAGUCGAUUGUUACCUCCAAUACACGUGGAUUCAUCUCAUCAGCUGCUCUCUCGGUUAUCAGUGAGCAUCCCGGUCCGGGCAGCAACAGAAGCCUACGGGCGUUGUUAUUGAAACACGAAGCGAGUAUCAGAGACCAACACAACAAAUCAACUGGAGACUCGUCGCCCGUCACACGCAACUUCAUGGAGACAGUUUUGUCGGUUCUGUUGUGGUUUAUGCAGUCGUGUUUACCAUCGAGUCACACACAGUUGACCAACAUGAUCGCAGACGAGUCACUAGUUGAUGAUAACGCGUUGAUACAAACGAUGGCGGCGAGGAUUUGUUGCUGUAUGGUCGAACAGUUGGAUGUGGCGUUUGCAUCGUCGUCGUCUUCCAUGCUGACGAGUGGUGGUUACAUACAAGCGUUGUUCACGCUCUGUGGUGUGCAUGAUGUAUUGCUGUCGUGCGUGGCGACGACUCUCCAGCAGCAGCUUGAUAAAGACGCGUGUCCACAGUGUCUCUGGGCUGUUGAUUCGUCAAUGGCUUUGAUGGUUGAGAUGCUCAAAUUGACGUUCUCUGUGUUGAGGCUGGAAUACAGUCAGGGGCUUAGCAGUUGUCUAUCGGACAUGGCACAAUCGGAAUGGAAGGUAAACGAUGGUCAGUUUGGUUGGCAUGUGUUGGAGCUUUGCCCGCUCGCUCAACAGCCACAGUUACUGGCACUUAUUCUCCACGGUUUGUCAUCAAUCGAGAACGAGCUCAUCGUGCAUCAUUUUCUACAGCUUUUUUGUAAUGCUCUGCCGUUAUUCGGUGUCAUUCUUCCCACCGUUGUGCAACAAGUUGUCACGAAACUCUGUACCGUGUUGAAACGAUUGACGUUGAAACAAUCGAAAGUCGUAGUCGCCGCAUUAGCUCACAUCAUGCGGUUCUGUUUGUCUAAAAGUGAUGAGACAGUCGCGGUGUCUCACAUCGGAAAGAGACAUUUCCUGUUGGAUUUCGAUGGUCUGACAGGCAUGUCGCCGCUAGUUGGUCAUUUCGUUGUCUCUCCAGUGAGAGACAAAGACCGAGAAGCGGUAGACAAUGCGGCGAUUGUCUGUCUGUCUGUGCUACCAAGGACACUCCGAUCUCUCUUGUGUGUGUGGAAAAACAUGAACGAAAGCAAGCACCUCCCAAUAGCUAAACAAUUGAGGGAGAUAAUCAUUCAUCUGCUGCAGCUGUUUACAUCUGUGCAUGACAGUGUGUUGCUACUGUCAGCUGGGAGGCUUUGGUCACAACUUGUUUCAAUGGAUGAGGUCGUUGAUGGCAAUGAGUGGCAGCUGAUACUUCUCAAUAUGCUCAAGUCUAUUCCGGCAUAUCCACUUGAUUGCCUCAUCAAGUCUGCUGUCAAAGUCUUGAAGGAAUCAAACGACGAUGACACCAUUUCUCGUGUGAUCACGUUUCUACAGCAAGUGCUUCUCACGUCAUCAUCUAUUGAGCUUCUCAGUUCAUGGCCCGAGUUUUAUGUUUAUCUCAAAGUGGUUCUUCCUCAAGUUAGUGCUAAGCCACCGGAUUUGUUUAUUCUCGUUAGGAGUUUACAUGUGUUUACGGCUGUUAUUGCUGCUUGUAAAGAGAAGAAAAUUAGAAAGGAAGCACAAGAAUUAACUCAGAAAGUGUUGGACAGUUGCUGCUCUGUUCUUGCCAUCUCUUUGGAGAGGAAGUCUUGGCUUGGAAGGAGUAUGGUCAUUAGGCCAUCACUGUUAUCAACUUCUGAUGUCAUACAAUCUCAACCAGAAAUUAUUGAUAUUAAACAUGAGUUAGAUUUAAACACACCGAAGAGCCCUUCUGGUGUGAGUGAGACAGCAGAGAGUGACGAGGUAAUGCAACAAGAGAAAGAAACAGAGAAUGAGGAAGUAAACAGUGAUGAUGGCAAAGGCAACGUACCUCCAACUCUCUCGGAAUACACGAUUCAAGCAUUAGAAGUCAUGUCCAAGAGUUUAGCUCCAUUGAUCGAUAGCAUGUUUGGUGGAGAAGAGAAAGAUCGUGUUGUUAGUAUGUUGACCACCGUGUUGACAUACGUGUUUCCAUUUCUACGUUGCCACAGUUCAGUUGCUGCAUCCAGUUAUGUGGCUGCUUCUGCAUUGCUUAGCUCAGUCAGUGAGUAUCAAUACACGAGAAAGGCGUGGUCUAAAGAGGCCUUUGAGUUGUUUCUUGAUGCUCCAUUCUUCAAGACCGAUAGCUGCAGUUUGACUAGUUGGUUGUCGAUUGUGGACAAUAUGAUGACACAAGACAAGAACUUGUUUAAAGAGUUGCUAAGUCGCAGUCAGACGCCAGUUCAAGGAGGAUUGGCAUUGUUUUCAACUACAGAGCAAGAUAUCGAACAAAGAGCUCGCUUUGUAAAGCGUCUGGCCUUUGCCAUCUUUAGUGGCGAGAUAGAUCAAUACCAACAAUACCUACCACGCAUACAAGAACGUUUAUCUGAGAGUCUGAAAAUUCAAUUCUCUCCUUUACUGCAUGAAAAGGUGUUUCUCGUUUUUCGUGUUCUUCUGUUGCGUAUCUCACCGCACCAUUUGGCUUCAUUUUGGGCAAUUAUUAACACCGAACUUGUUCAAGUGUUCCAGCAAUUAGAGCAAGAUUUGUGCGUCGAUACAAACCAGUACACAUUGAAUGAUGACAAACAAGAGCUGUUGGACAACAACUGGACGCUUCUCUAUUUGGCUGCUUGCAAAAUCUUGGAAUUAGCUCGUUGCGUUUCUCCUGAACAAGUGCCUCAGUUUCAAAUUCAUGGAUGGGGUUUCUGUUGUCCCAUAUCACUGGACAGUCUGGAUUCACUGGUGUUUCAACCAUAUGUGUCUCGAGCUGUUUCUGGAGUGAGAAAGAGACUAACAGCAGCAAGAGUAGAUGAUGGUGUGGUGAGUCAGCUCGUAGCAUCACUGGAGAGACUAGGAACGCCAAUAGAUCACCUUCCCAACAGCAGAGAGAACUGCAAAAUUGAAAAUAAAUGUACAAUAUUACCAUCAAAAUUGCAACUCUCCAAAUCACUUAGCGAGUAUGAAGACACAAUCCUGAGUGACUUUCUGGAGGAAAGUUGAUGUAAGUUGUGUACUAUUUCUCAAAAGAAUGUGUUCAUUGCACUUCAGAUUAGGCAGGAUAUUUGUAUGAAAAAAUCAAAUCAAUGUAGUGUUUGAUAA